AAUAAACCAUAAAUACCCCCCUGCCCAGGCCCACCAACGGCUCAACCCAAAACACCAAGUGGCAGACAGACAGGCUACCAAAACACAGAAGGCAUAUCCAGAGAGGAGGAACCAGUGGACCAGGAGGAUGUCAGAGCAGCAGAGUGCCCCUGAGCAGCUGGCUGCAGGGAAGAGCCAGGGUGGAGCUGGAGCCACUUACAAGGUGGUGCUGUUUGAGUUUGAAAAUUUCCAGGGUCGCAAGGCUGAGUUCACUGCAGAGUGUAAAGAUGUUUCAGAGAAGGGUCUGGAGAAAGUGGCCUCUGUGAUAGUUGAGUCUGGCCCAUGGGUGGGGUUUGACAGACAGGGGUUCACAGGGGAACAGUUUGUCCUGGAGAAAGGCGAGUAUCCACGGUGGGACACCUGGACCAACAGCCAGUACAGUUACUCCUUCUGGUCCAUGCGGCCCCUCAAAGUGGAUAGUGCUGAACACAAGCUCCACCUGUUCGAGAGCCCAGAUUACACUGGUAGAAAGAUGGAGAUUGUUGAUGAUGAUGUUCCCAGUUUGUGGGGGCAUGGUUUCCAAGAUCGUGUAGCAAGCGUCAAGGCCAUCAAUGGAACAUGGGUCGGCUACAUGUACCCAGGCUACAGGGGCCGUCAGUAUGUGUUUGAGCGCGGGGACUUCAAGCACUGGAACGACUGGGAUUCCCCUGCACCUCAGAUCCAGUCUGUCCGACGUGUGCGGGACAUGCAGUGGCACAAGAGGGGGUGUUUCACCAUUCCUGCCCCAGCUCCUGCCCCAGCUCCCGCCCCAGUACCUGACCCCCCUGCAGCUGCCGGGGCCAGCUGAAGAGCAUUCGGCUCCACCCCUCCCACAGAGCCUAUUCCAUAAGCCUCUACCUACCAUAAGUGCCUGCCCUCUGCCUCACCCUAACCAUGGCAAAUGCUGCUCCUGCUUAGUGAGAAGUGCUAUGUAUGUUUCAGUGGCGAAUAAAGUUUGUUUGACCAGAAAAUGA